UGAGGUGUCAGCCAGUUCGUCACUUGAGGAACUUGACUCUCCUUUUGAAGCCUCCUCAUCCUUAUUCCGUCGCUCUCUCUUUUGAGAAUUCAGGCUUGUAAAGCAGAGUCAACACCACCCUAAGUUUUAACCAUGAGCUUCAGCAGGACAAGCUACAGCAGUGGCGGCAGCAGCAUGGGCGGCGGCAUGGGGGGCAGCACAACCAUUCGCAAGAGUUUCACCAGCCAGUCCUUGGCUGCCCCCGGAUCCACCCGGAUGAGCAGCGGGUCUGUCCGCCGUUCUGGCGCCGGGUUCGGUGGUGGCAUGGGCAUGGGCGGAGGCAGCAGCUUCAACUACAGCAGCAGCGCAGGUGGCUACGGUGGUGGUCUCGGCGCUGGCUAUGGCGGUGGUAUGGGCGGCGGAUUCCAUGGCGCCACCAUCACAGCUGUCACAAGUAACCAGAGCCUGCUGGCCCCCCUGAACCUGGCGAUUGACCCCAACAUCCAGGUGGUCCGCACCAAUGAGAAGGAGCAGAUCAAGACACUGAACAACCGCUUCGCUUCCUUCAUCGAUAAGGUGCGUUUCCUGGAGCAGCAGAACAAGAUGCUGGAAACCAAGUGGAGCCUCCUGCAGGACCAGACCACCACCCGCUCCAACAUCGACGCCAUGUUCGAGGCCUACAUCUCCAACCUGCGCAGACAGCUGGACGGCCUGGGCAAUGAGAAGAUGAAGCUGGAUGGAGAGCUGAAGAACAUGCAGGGUCUGGUUGAGGACUUCAAGAACAAGUAUGAAGAUGAAAUCAACAAGCGCGCCUCAGUAGAGAACGAGUUUGUCCUGCUGAAGAAGGAUGUUGAUGGUGCUUACAUGAACAAGGUGGAGCUGGAGGCCAAGGUUGACGCUCUUCAGGAUGAGAUCAACUUCCUAAGGGCCGUCUACGACGCGGAGCUGCGUGAGCUGCAGGGCCAGAUCAAGGACACCUCUGUGGUGGUGGAGAUGGACAACAGCCGUAACCUGGACAUGGACUCCAUUGUCGCUGAAGUGCGCGCCCAGUACGAGGACAUCGCUAACCGCAGCAGAGCUGAGGCCGAGACCUGGUACAAGCAGAAGUAUGAAGAGAUGCAGAGCUCUGCUGGACAGUAUGGUGAGGACCUCCGCUCAACCAAGACUGAGAUCGCUGAGCUGAACCGCAUGAUCGCUCGUCUCCAGAACGAGAUUGAGUCCAUCAAGGGACAGCGGGCCAGCCUUGAGGCUCAGAUCGCUGAGGCAGAGGAGCGCGGUGAGCUGGCAGUGAAGGACGCCAAGCUCCGAAUCAGGGACUUGGAGGAUGCUCUCCAGAGAGCCAAGCAGGACAUGGCCCGCCAGGUGCGCGAGUACCAGGAGUUGAUGAACGUCAAGCUGGCCCUGGACAUUGAGAUCGCCACUUACAGGAAGCUGCUGGAGGGAGAGGAGAGCAGAAUAUCCUCGGGUGGUGCAUCUGCAACGAUCCACGUGCAGCAGAGCUCUGGCGGCAACUACUCCAGCGCAGGCUCAGGUGGAUUCGGCUAUGGCGGCGGCAGCAGCAGCUUCGGCGGCAGCAGCAGCUUCGGCGGCGGCAGCAGCUACGGCGGUGGCAGCAGCAGCUACGGCAGCGGUGGUGGUGCCACAAUCACCAAGUCCGUGACAUCCACCAGCUCCAGCAGACGUUUCUAGAGACCUUCAACUCUCCUCCCAAACCAGACCCGUACCAAUCCACGGUGCUAUGCAGUACUGUUAGACAUACACAGCUAUAUCCCUAUUAACGUAAAGUGACGGGGGGAACAUCUAGCGAACCUGAUGAUUUACAGUCGGUGACCUGUAUUUACGUUUAGUUUUCAAUCCCUCCCAAGACAGAAAAAAUGUGAAUAGGGAAGUUGAAUUAUACUGCCUUGGUAGAUUCACUGGAAAACAAUGAAAGUAUUACUGUGUUAUUUCAGGAGCAAUAGCUGUUCUCCCCUGUACUCUUCACCAUAAUUGACAGGACACCAAUAAUGUACAAGUGCCAGUUCCUCACAAGGCCAAAAUGUAUAUCCUUCUGCACUGAUGUUUAAGGAAUAGAAAAAUUCAAAUAGAAUGUGGGAAAGCGUAAACCAACCAUAAAGAAAGCUUGCUAAGGAUCCUCUCUGUACCUUUGUCAGCUUGUAGGUUGCAUCUAAAUGUAUCAGUGGUAGUUGGGCAUAUUGUUCUAGCGUCAUACUCAUAGACGGCAGUGCCAUGGUCAUAAUCAAUGAACUUUGGGCACUUGCUGAUUUGGCAGCUGAAUGGAGAAAACCAUUGUGGUGCUAUGAACAAGUGAUGCCUUCACAUUCCUUUAAGGUGAUUUAUGUAUGCUAUGAAAGCGAUUACAUCAUGUGCCACAUGGCUGGAAUGGAGUGAAUUGAAUGGUAUCAAACAAAUCGAAACCAUGUGUUUGAUGAGUUCCAUACCAUUACAUUACUAUGAGCCCGUCCUUCCCAAUUAAGGUGCCACCAACCUCCUGUGGUGUUGCUAACAAAUGACCUGUCUCUUUCAUAGUGUACUGAAGUAGAAGGAACUGUAGUCAAGCUUCACUCACAUAACUCUAAAGGACAUACAUGUUUGUCAGAGGUGUACAUUUUAGAGAGGUUUCCUGUUACUAGUUUUCUUCUAAACUUGGUUUUGCUUUUCAUUACCAUUAGAAGGAUAUAAUGUGUUUUCAACAAUCUACAUCAUUUGUGACAAAUCAAAAAGAUCUAAUUAAAUACAUUUGAGAUCUAAAAUCACUGUCUCUAGUGUGUGAAAUGUUUGCCUUCUUUCUGAAUGUUGUAUACUUCACAUGCCUCUCUGGCACCAUCUAGCUUACCUUUUUUAAUCAAACUUCAAUGUUGAGCAUUCUGGAAUUUCUGAUAAUUAAACUCCAUUAAACUUAUAUUAAUUUUUA